CCUGGACUCCAGUGGGACGGGAAAGGAUAGGACGGGAGGGGCUUGCCUGGGGGAGACCUGCUCUGAUUCAGAGUCAUGACAAGAGCCAUAUCCAAGGAAGGAGAACCCAAUGGGGUCACCACACCUCCUGAAGAGAUAGAAAUGGAGGAAAUGGAAGAGAGAGGCCAGUGGCGGAACAAAAUGGAGUUCAUGCUGUCUGUGGCUGGGGAAAUCAUUGGCCUGGGUAAUGUGUGGAGGUUCCCAUACCUCUGCUACAAGAAUGGUGGUGGAGCCUUCCUCAUCCCUUACCUCAUUUUCCUCUUCACCUGUGGGAUCCCCCUGUUCUUCCUGGAGACGGCGCUGGGGCAGUACACAAGCCAGGGAGGGGUGACUGCCUGGAGAAAGAUCUGUCCCAUAUUUGAAGGAAUUGGAUAUGCCUCCCAGGUCAUUGUGGGAUAUCUGAAUAUCUACUAUAUCAUCAUCCUGUCCUGGGCACUCUUCUACCUGUUCAGCUCCUUCACUCCAGUGCUACCAUGGGCUAGCUGCAAUAACCCCUGGAACUCAGAUCUCUGUGUGGACAUUCUGAAUAGAUCCGACCUGGACAACAGGACCUUGCCUGCGAACACCACCUCCUCAAUGAUUGAGUUUUGGGAGAAGCGAGUCCUGGGGCUCACGGAUGGUAUUCACAAACUGGGCACUGUGCGCUGGGAGCUGGCUCUGUGUCUCCUGCUGGCAUGGAUCAUCUGCUACUUCUGCAUCUGGAAAGGGGUCAAGUCCACAGGCAAAGUCGUUUACUUCACUGCCACCUUCCCGUAUGUGAUGCUCCUCAUCCUGCUGGUUCGAGGGGUGAUGCUGCCAGGGGCUGCUGAGGGGAUCAUCUUCUACCUGAAGCCAGACAUUUCCAGGCUGGCAGACCCACAGGUCUGGAUGGAUGCAGGCACUCAAAUCCUCUUCUCUUAUGCCAUCUGUGAGGGGUGCCUGACAGCUCUGGGCAGCUACAACAAAUACACCAACAACUGUUACAGGGACUGUAUCAUGCUCUGCUCCCUGAACAGUGCCACCAGCUUUGUUGCUGGCUUUGCCAUUUUCUCUGUGCUGGGCUUCAUGGCUCGAGAGCAGGGCGUACCUAUUUCAGAAGUGGCCGAAUCAGGUCCUGGCCUGGCUUUCAUAGCAUAUCCAACAGCAGUAACAAUGAUGCCUGUGUCUCAGCUCUGGUCCUGCCUCUUCUUCCUCAUGCUGAUCUUCUUGGGACUGGACAGUCAGUUUGUCUGUGUGGAAAGCAUGGUGACAGCUAUUAUUGACAUGUUCCCAGGAGUGUUUCGGAAGAAGGGGCGUCGGGAGCUGCUGAUCCUGGCCAUUGCAGUCACAGGCUACCUGCUGGGCUUAUUCCUGGUCACUGAGGGUGGCAUGUACAUCUUCCAGCUCUUUGACUACUAUGCUGCCAGUGGCACAUGCCUACUCUUCCUGGCUAUUUUUGAAGUCGUCUGUAUAGGAUGGGUGUAUGGUGCCAACCGCUUCUAUGACAACAUUGAGGACAUGAUUGGUUUCCGACCGUGGCCCUUGAUCAAGAUCUGCUGGCUGGUGUUCACCCCGGGUAUGUGCCUGGGUGUCUUCCUGUUUUCCCUGAUCAAGUACACACCCUUGAAAUACAACAAUUCCUACGAGUACCCACCCUGGGGCUACGUGCUAGGCUGGCUGAUGGCACUCUCCUCCAUGGUGUGUAUUCCUCUCUAUGCCAUCUUCAUCUUCCUGAAAACCAAAGGACCCCUGAAACAGCGACUGAUGCAGCUGAUUUCCCCGGCGGAGGAUCUGCCGCAGCCAAAGAAGCAGCACAUGGUGAGGCCGUCCAGUCCGAGGCGCGAGGGAUGGACUCCUCCAGUCCAGGAGGUGCUCAGCAUCACAGAGAGAGAAACCCACUUCUAAGGCACCUGGGAUGAUUUGCUCUCUCCUUCCCAAAGUGGUUUCUUUUCCCUUCUCUCCUUCACGUCUGUGAUGGAAACUUCUGGGACAAUUCCUCUCCUUCCAGCCAGCUGGUUGCACCCAUUGGAAACAGCAUUUCUUUUGCACCCUGGGGACAACUCUUGCUGCCAGCAGCUGUGGAGGCUGCAGUAUGCUUUUGUCACAAGUGCCCUUCAGUACUGACACCGGUUGGGAAGAGUAAAGCAACGUGUUAGAAAAAAAGGAAAAAAAAAGUGCAUUCAUGUUGGGAGGAGGCAAAGAAACCACAUGGCAAGGGUGCUGAGACAGAGCAGAGAUUAAAGUGUGAAGGAACCAAGCUAGGAAUGCAAAAGCAUGAAAUGAUGGGGCGUUAUCACAGGAAAUAAGUUGGUUCAGAAGUACAUAAGAAGCUGGAGGAUAACAAGGGAAAGUGCAUUACUAGGUCACCUCUGUACAAGGGGAGAGAGAGCCAGGAACAUAUCACAGCCAAUGACAAGGAGGCUGCAGUGUCCAUAGUUACAGCUUCAGCUGUCACUGGAAGGGAAAGGAAUGAUACAGGGCUUGAUGCAAUCCUAGUUGUUGAUGAUUGAUCUCAAGGCAGUGUCAGUCUGGAAAAGGGGGUGAGGAAUGACUAUCCAGGGGACUUGCUCUUGGUCAAAACUACAUGGCCCAGUGAAAACACAUCCGAGAGUGAAACUGAGGAAUAUUUUACAAUUCUUUCAGAAAAUUCAUGGAGUGCAAGGAAAGUCCCAGAGCAGUUGGUAAGAAAAAGAGCUGCAGCACAUCUGGGAAAAUGAGACCCUGAGGACUGCACGCCCACAAAUUUAACUGCACUGCUAGGGCAUUUUGUAGAGGAAUUAUAGAAGGAGUUGAUGGGCCUGAUCCUGCUCUGCAGAGUAGCUUUGGGAAGAGGGUGGGAGAACGAUUGCACUCCCUUGGCUUUGCUGUGGAUGAUUGCUCAGGGGAUAAGGAAGAUAUAACCAGGCGCAAUAAUCAUCAGCUCAGGCAAGAUAAAGCAAAAUUAAUAGGUAAUGUAGGUUCAUUGGAAGCAGAUUGUGUUGAAUUAGAGGUUGGUUGUUGCCUGGGUAGUCAAAAAUGUGAGGCAAUGGGUGGGAGGAAAUGUGCUCUGAUGGUGGGUUUGGUGCAGUGCCAGAUGUCUCUGUCCUGUGGAGGCUGGGGCUGUAAAGCUCCUGCCAAAUCCUGCUUCAAUGCCUAUCAAAAAUUCGCAGCUGAACCCAUCAGAAAAGCCAGUGGCAGGACACAGCCAGGCACUGUGCUGUGGCCAAGGGUACAUGUGCUGGUGCAUGGCUGUGCUGCAAUAUUGGUGCAUCCAACCACGCCAGAGAAUGGCCUUCAAAAUGAAUCACAGAUGCCACAGGCUCCCUCCCUUGUUCCAAGUAAUUGCUUUUCCCUGUGCUGUGUGGAGAUAAACGACCAGCACUGAAAGUAAGCAUGGAAAUCGGGCCUCAUCUGUGCAGCUCGGUACCUAUUCCAAUUGCUAUGGGAACCUUAUCUGCUGCAGUUUGCUCUGAGUUUAACUGGGGAAUUAGCAUAGGACAAUCUUUUCCCUGUUUAAUUUCCUUUCCUUUAAAAACUAAAAACUACAAAACUGCUGGUAAAAUGAACGUUGAAAGUCAAGUAUCAGAAUUUGUACCUCUGUGGGAUGUUAUCUUUUGAGAUGUUUUACUGUGGAAGAUGGAGAAAGCUGGCAAACUUCAUUCACAUUCCCUGCAAAGGAUUGCAGCACCACAUAAGACACCAUUUAUUGUGUUUUUAUUUUUUGAAGAACUGAAUGUCAUGCUGCAAAUAGCUGUGGGAAGAGCUUAGCACCCAGAGGCUUGCAGUCAGGCCUCAUGGGAAGCAGUUUGGUGAUUUUUCUUCUCUCUCCCACCAAUGUUGCUCAUAAUUUGGUGGGGGAAGUUUUGAUUCUUGUACAAUCCUUGGUAGGACAUUUAGCCCCUUUGCUCCUGCUACCACACCUUUAAGAUGGGAGGUAGUGUCGUGCUGUUAGAGAAGUCAUGGAGAUGUGUUCACUUCUUUUUCUGAGGCAGUUGAGUAACACUGCAAAAAUCCUAGAUAGAAACAAAUACCUCUUCAGUUUGGAGCACAAACAUGGUGCUGUGUUAUUGACUGCAUGAACUUGUUCCUUCUGCUUAUGCUUAAUCUGACAAUAACAUCCCACCUCUGCCAGGAUGCGACUUAUUUUUGUAAAGCUAGAGGAGGUAGUGCUGUGCCCAUUGAAAGCAAUCAUAAAAUUUUCAGUAUCAGAAAAUUAAUCCAGAUGGAAUUGACAAAGUUUCAGGAAUUUGAAGUCCAAGCUCAGUGGCCCAGUGUAAUUUAAUUCCCUUUCCUUUAAAGACUAAAACACCCACAUAUACCCAGCUGGAGGGAGAGGGGGGGAAUGCCAUCAGUAGCUGUAUUUUGCUGUGCAACCCCCAGAACAAUUAGAGACUGAGUUGUGGUUUGUUAAAUUUAUACAAAUGUCUCAGGCAUUGCUGCAUGCAUGUGAUAGAUCUGACAGGUCUCCAUCAACCCCUGGAACUGGGCACCUCUGGAGACCUGAGUCUGAUGGAAAAAUGCUCCUGUCCUGCACAUCACCAGGAUUACAUUACUGGAGGGUUGGUAUGGA